AUGCCUUUAUUAAAUCUAAUUAAAAGUAAUGGUAGUACUUUUGAAUGGUUCAAUUCCAAUUUAAAAGAAGUUGAAGACGACAAUGGAAAUAUAUUUAAUCAAAUUUGGGUAAUUGUCGAUCGUUUCUCUAAAUAUGCAUUGAUUCCGACUCAUAAUACCUAUAAAUCCGGAUUUGUAUAA